UACGCCUUCAGACGGGAGGAAGGCGCACUCUCUCCACACAUCAGACGAAUCAUCUAUCUGACCGCCGCUCUCCGCUUCCUGCCUUCCUCCCCCUGCCCACUCUAGGAAGCGGCGGCGCUGCCGCUGCGGUGAGGUGAGGUCGGCCAGAGAAAAAGCCAGCCAUGGCGGCGCACGCAACGCUCCCCUUCUCCUGCUCCUCCUCGCUCCAAACCCUAUCCCGCUCCCUCUCCGCGCGCGGGGCCCUCCACCUCCGCCGGGGCUUCCUCCGCCUCCCCUCCCUCGCCGCCCUCCCGAGGCUCGCCCGCGCCCCCAGCCCCUGCCGCCGCCACGUAUCGGCUUCUGCCGCGGCGUCCCCGAACGGCGCCUCCGCCGAGGGGGAGUACGACUACGACCUCUUCACCAUCGGCGCCGGGAGCGGCGGCGUGCGCGCGUCGCGCUUCGCCUCCACUCUCUACGGCGCGCGCGUCGCCAUCUGCGAGAUGCCCUUCGCCACCGUCGCCUCGGAUGAGCACGGCGGCCUCGGCGGCACAUGUGUGCUUCGUGGAUGCGUUCCAAAGAAAUUGUUAGUGUAUGGAUCCAAGUAUUCGCACGAGUUCGAAGAGUCUCAUGGCUUUGGAUGGACAUAUGAGACUGAUCCGAAGCAUGACUGGAGCACUCUCAUAGCCAACAAAAAUACAGAGCUGCAGCGCCUAGUUGGUAUUUACAAGAAUAUCUUAAACAGUGCAGGAGUCACUCUGAUUGAAGGCCGUGGAAAGAUAGUUGAUCCUCAUACUGUUAGCGUGAAUGGUAAGCUCUACACAGCUAAGAACAUACUAAUUGGUGUUGGUGGCCGACCAUCGAUGCCAGAUAUCCCUGGAAUAGAGUAUGCUAUAGAUUCGGAUGCUGCACUGGAUUUGCCCUCAAAACCUGAGAAAAUUGCCAUAGUGGGGGGCGGAUAUAUUGCUUUGGAGUUUGCUGGCAUUUUCAAUGGCUUAAAAAGUGACGUUCAUGUGUUUAUUCGGCAGAAGAAAGUUUUAAGAGGGUUUGAUGAAGAGGUUAGAGAUUUCAUUGCUGAACAGAUGUCUUUAAGGGGCAUCACAUUUCAUGCUGAACAGACCCCUCAAGCUGUAACUAAAUCAAAUGAUGGUCUGUUAUCUCUGAAGACCAAUAAAGAAACUAGUGGUGGGUUCUCACAUGUAAUGUUUGCAACAGGUCGCAGACCGAAUACAAAGAACCUUGGACUGGAAGAGGUGGGGGUCGAAAUGGAUAAGAACGGUGCGAUUGUGGUUGAUGAGUAUUCUCGUACCUCAGUCGAUUCAAUUUGGGCUGUGGGAGAUGUCACCAAUAGGAUUAACCUGACCCCAGUUGCACUGAUGGAGGGAGGGGCAUUUGCGAAAACUUGCUUUGGUAAUGAACCUACCAAACCAGAUUACAGAGCUGUACCUUCUGCUGUGUUCUCCCAACCACCAAUUGGACAAGUAGGUCUUUCUGAGGAGCAGGCUAUUGAAGAAUAUGGAGAUGUUGAUGUCUUUGUUGCCAACUUCAGGCCUCUCAGGGCCACUCUCUCUGGACUACCUGAUCGUGUAUUAAUGAAGAUUAUUGUUUGUGCUGCAACAGACAAAGUUGUAGGAGUGCACAUGUGUGGUGAUGAUGCACCUGAGAUAAUUCAGGGAAUUGCAAUUGCUGUUAAGGCUGGCUUGACAAAGCAAGAUUUUGAUGCCACUAUUGGCAUUCACCCAACAUCUGCAGAGGAAUUCGUCACAAUGAGGAAUGCAACUAGAAAAAUUCGGAGAAGUUCUGCAGAUCAGGUAGAAUCUAAAGAUGAGGUUGCAACUAAGCAGUAGGUAUCAUUUUACAUAGGAGGCAUUGUGCGAGGAGUAAUCCUGUUGCAGGACAAAAGCAGAAUGUAAUUUUGCAAAUACACGGGUGAGUAGCAGUAUGGCUAGCUGUUUCUGAGAAAUCCAUGUUAGCGAACCAGCGAAGGUGUAUCAUAGAAAUGACCUUUUCCUGUCAGCUUGAGCUAUGGCCCUGUCUUCUAUUCUUUGAAAUAAAAUGCGGCAGAUGUUUGUCUUACAGUCUGGAAAUUUUGUAAUAAGGAAUGCUGCUUCAUGAGCAUUCGGUUAUCUUUGUCAAGCACUUACCAAUUUUAGGAUGUUA